AUGCCACCGCCGGAGGUGGAGAAAAUUUUGCAGAAGUUGGGGGCGGAAGGAGAUGUGGAGGUAGAGGAGGACGCAGAUGAUGAUCUUUCUGGUGGACAAGGAGAAGAUGUUGAUGAUGAUAUUGAAGAUGCCGAUGCCCGGGAGGCGGGAAUAAGAAUGGGAAGCGACGAGGAGGAUGAGUCCGAGGCUGAUGUUCAGAACGAGGAAACCAAAACCAAGUGCUGUGACAGGUACACGACCAGAAAGAACCAAGGCACGACCAGUAGCAGCAAGAGCAAGUCGAAAAUAAAUUCUCCACCCUCGAAGAUGAACAAGCAACAGCAACGUCUCGCCUUUUCCACAGUCCAGCAAGACGCGGCCCGCUUUGGUUUUGAUCUGAAGAACGCAUGGGUUACUUUCCAUGAGCCGCAGGAUAUCAGUUGCGCCCACCGGUUUCGCAACUUUUUGACCAACCUCGUGAUGCCGACCGCUGCUGCGGACUUUUUGCCUGAGUCAAGAACAGGAACAGCUUCGUCGUCGUCGUCCUCCGGGACGAUGUUGCUGAAGCACAGAAAAAAUUGCACCGGCUAUCACAGUAAUUCUGGCACGACCUACUCUUACGCGCAGCAGCAAAAUUUGCGAAACACCUACAUCGCAAUCGAGCCGUAUUAUUUCGAUACGUCUUCCUUAGCCGUAAAUGCCUCAGAGCCGAGAACAUCGAAGGAAGCAAGAUCGCUGAUGCUCGACGGCAACAUGAUCUCAACAUCUUCUCUCGCCAAUGACCAGCACGCGGGCGAUAUUGAUGACGAUGAAAUAACAUCACAAGCAAUUCAUCCACUGCAACGCCGCACGGUGAACCGCCAGAGGAUCCGGGUUCCGUUGUUCACGUUUCUCGUCCGAGCUACACAUGUUGCGGAGUGCUUCGAAAAAUUGACAAAUUACGUCCUGCGGUCGGACUACGCGUACCACGGUGUUUCUUCGUUUCUGGUCCAGUACGCGAAUAGGUUUGUGAGUUUCGAAGUAAAAAAGCACCGGGUCAUGUUUCUCGAGGAAGAUUUGUACUUUGAGGAGAAAAUGAAAAGUAGUUGCAGUUACUCUUCUUCUUCAAAGAAGAUGAACACGAACCGCAAACAAAUCAUUGAAACUACCGGCAGCUCCUGCCAGAACUUGAAUAACGAGACGACAAUGACUUCGCCGCCCCCGGUCACGUCGUCAGCCUCAGCCUCAACCUGCUCCUGCUCCACAAAUAAUGAUAAAAAGACCUUCGGCUACCUCAAGUUCAUUCCUGUCUGCAGUGAGUGCGGGAUGCGAGCCAUGUGCUACGACAUUGCAGGGUCCAGCAUGCAGGCGCGGGACUUGCAAAACAUCAAAUCCAACCGAUUAGACAGAGAGUUCAUCCUCCCCGCCUUCACCGCGCUGAACCAAUCCGAAGGCUUCCAGCACGACGUGAUUCGCAUUCGCCGGGAAUUGGAAGAUGUGAUUAUUGCCGGGGUCCAUCUCCUGUCCGACUCCUGGGUUAGUCAAGAUGUUUCCUUCCGGAAUACGAUCAACCCGGAGCCAUACUGUUGCGAACUACUCGAACUACAACCGAAGAAGUUCAACUGUGAACCUAUUGCUACAAAAGACGCGAAAGCGCAAUCCUGGAGAAAAUUUCUCGACCGCGCGAUGCCCACGAUUCUGUAUUUACUCUGCAUCCGGAUGGAGAUCCCCACCGAGAUGACCUUUCAUGAGUACAACGAGCAAAAGGGGAAAACAUUGCGGUUUCGGGUUGGGGAUUGCGUGGAAGCCCGGCUGGGCCUUUCGGAGGAUAGCUAUUUCAAGGGGAGAGUCGUGAAGUUGUGGGACAUGGGGUUUCCCUACCGGAUUAGAAUCGAGUUGACCGGGGAGGAGGUGCGGGCGCCGGAAGAUCACGACCGGUGUGUGAGAGCGAUCCAGGCCGGGACGACGAGAGAUGAUAAUCGACCGGAUGAAGAAUCUCAGACUCAUGAAUGAUAAACUGAACACUAAGUCACACUACUCUUAUUCGAUUAUUCAAUACGACGAAAAAAACAUACUGAAUUUUCGAUUUUCCAUGUGAUUGUGAAAUUAUAUAUUCCGUUUCAAAAAUAUGCAUAUCAAUUGUGGUUUUCGAAUGAUAUUCAAGUUUUUUUUUUUUCUAGGUACAAUAUGAGUGGUCACCAGGAAGAUGUAACACAACAUCAUGAAAAAAUAUUUUGAACAACGGCACGAAGGGAAGCGAAGUCAUCUUUUGCCUGAAAUUGUUGUCAUUGCGAAUGAAUCAUAAAUGCGAUUUUGAAUUCCACCAGGCAU